AUGGAAACAAAACAGAACAGCCACAGUAUAAAGAACCUGAGGAGACAGUGUGGCUAUCAUAAGGGAUUGACUGUUGAUCCUAUUGGAAGAGCAGGUGGUCUCUGCAUUUGGUGGAAAUCAACGGUGGAAAUUGAAUUCUUAGAUGUAACAAAGAAUUGGAUUGAUGCAGUGGUAAAGGUGCCUUCUGAUUCUUUUUAUGGAAGAUGCACAUGGGUGUACGGUACGCCAUACAACAGCGAGAAAGUGGAGUUUUGGAAGACUUUGAAUGCUUGGGGGCGUAAAGAUCACAUUCCCUGGAUGGUUAUGGGUGAUUUGAACGAAAUUUCUUGGCAACAUGAAAAAGAAGGAGGAAAUGGUUGGAAUACUUCCCGCAGAAGAUUCUUAAUUGAAUUUAUGAACUCUUGUAAUUUGAUGGAUUUGGGGUUUAAAGGUCAAGGUUUCACGUGGGAGAGGCUCAUGGGAGACAAUGUAAUCCUGAGAGAGAGACUUGAUCGUGCUCUAGCCAACCCUGAAUGGCUUGAAGAGUGGCAAGGCACUUGUGUCACCCAUUGCACUAAGAUAGGAUCUGAUCACUGUCCUAUCCUUCUUGACAGUAACCCUGCCUGUCGCAGCAAAGGCAACAUUUUCCGUUUUGAAGCGAGAUGGCUACAUGAGGAGGAAUGUGGCAAUAUCAUCAAGGAUUGUUGGUCUGAUGGAGGCUAUGCCAAGAACGAUGUGAAAUGGACCCGCAACUUGCAGCUUUGCAAGACUCGCUUAAUUAGAUGGAACAAAGUCCACUUUCCUAACUGCAAAACUCGAAUAAGGGAGCUGACCUUGGAACUUGAGCAGCUCCAAAAUGAGAACAUUCAGGAUGUCUGUGUCCCCCAGCAAAGAAGUAUCAAAAUUGAGCUUGACAAACUCUGGAACUGGGAAGAGCAAUAUUGGAAGCAACGCUCAAGAAUAUCUUGGCUCAAGUCUGGCGAUGCCAACUCAAAAUUUUUUCACAUUUCAACCAUUCAAAGGAGACAACGAAAUCGUGUAGUUAAGAUUCAAAAUGCUAGGGGGGAGUGGCUUGUUGGUGAGAAAGCAAUCAAGAAUGAAUUCUUUCAUUUCUUUCGUGACUUAUUCACUACUUCUGGGCCUCGAGAUUGGUCUGAAAUUCUCAGUAAAGUGGACUCCACCAUCACCACAGAGAUGAAUGCCACACUUCUUGCCCCUUUCACGGAAGAGGAGAUUAAAUUAGCUACACACCAACUUGGAGCUGACAAGGCACCUGGCCCUGACGGCUUCCCAGGAAUGUUCUACAAAUUCUUCUGGAAUAUUGUCAAACCCAUUGUCUGUGGCACCACUAGUGAUCUUCAAUUUGGUCGAUGCCGUUUGGAAGCCCUUAAUAAGACUUUCAUUGCUCUGAUUCCUAAAGUCCAAGCGCCAGUGAGCACUAAUCAGUUUAGGCCAAUUGGCCUAUGCAACAACUCUUACAAGAUGGCUAAAGUCAUUGCAAACAGACUGAAAUCGAUUCUCCCAGACAUCAUUUCUGAAAACCAGAAUGCCUUUGUGCCAGAGAGGCAAAUCCAAGACAAUAUUCUCAUGGCACAUGAGACAUUUCAUUAUUUGAAAUUAAAGAAUUCAGGGGGUGUACAUGAGGCGGGUUUAAAGAUCGACAUGAACAAGGCUUAUGAUCGGAUUGAGUGGGAUUUUCUAGAGGCUGUAAUGUUGAAAAUGGGCUUUGCUAGAGUUUGGAUCAACCUCAUCAUGAACUGCAUUUCUACGGUUUCCUUUGCAGUUAUUAUCAAUGGCCAACCGAGUAAAUUCUUCAAACCGACUCGUGGCCUAAGGCAAGGGGAUCCGCUUUCUCCCUACCUAUUCUCGCUUGUGAGUGAAGCCCUCUCGAGAAACUUGUCUAGCGCUGUUCAUAAUGGAGAGAUCAAAGGCAUUCGUAUCGCACGUAGAUGCCCAAUGAUUUCCCAUCUGUUUUUCGCCGACGACGCUUUGUUCUUUGUGAAAGCUGAAGCUCAAAACUGUAUGAAGCUAAAAGAGAAGUUGGACAAGUAUUGCUUAGCCUCUGGUCAGUGCAUCAAUUCUCAAAAAUCCAGCCUUUUUUUCUCUCCCAACACUCCAGCAAAUACUAGACAUGAUAUUUGUACUCUUCUGAAUAUUAAUGGAGUUGACAACCCUGGAAUCUAUUUGGGCCUUCCGACAAUUUGGGGAAGAUCCAAGAAUGCAGCUCUAGGCUACAUCAAAGAGAGGAUCCGGAAGAAAAUUGAUGGCUGGAAACUCAACUCCCUUUCUCUUGCUGGGAAAGAAGUUCUUUUAAAGGCAGUAGCAACUGCUGUGCCAGCUUUUCCUAUGACUUGUUUUCGUUUCCCGGAAGGAACAUGUAAUCAAAUCAACAGUGACUUGGCUUCAUUUUGGUGGGGCAAUAAUGAGGAGAGCGCUGGAAUUCAUUGGAAAUCCUGGAAAAAAUUAUGCUUGGCCAAGAAAGUGGGAGGUUUGGGAUUUCGUGACUUGUCCAACUUCAAUUUAGCUCUUCUUGCCAAGCAAAGUUGGAGAAUUAUUUUGAACCCUGAAGCUGCUUGGGUUAAGAUCUUGAAAGCGCGUUAUUUCCCUACGACUGACUUCCUUAAUGCAACUAAGGGUUCUCGCCCUUCAUGGGCCUGGGUCAGCCUUCUUGAGGGAAGAAAGGCAAUGAUGAAAGAAACACGCUUCCAAAUUUUUAGUGGUGCAAACACGAAUAUAUGGAACGAUGUCUGGAUCCCUUCCUGUGAGUCGGGACCUGUGAAAACUUUGCUGCCAAUUCCUCCUCAAGCCCCCCAAUUGGUCCAAGAACUAAUGGACAAACAAAACCACACAUGGAAGCUGGAUAGUAUCUCCACCUUCAUAAACAAUGACAUCCUACAGAGCAUCAAAUGCAUCCCCAUUGGUCACUCUUCCAGACCGGAUCGCCUUGUUUGGCCAUGGAACUCAAGUGGCUCGUAUACUGUCAAGUCGGGGUACCACCGUUUUCAUGCUAGACAAAAUACCGACAUUGCAAGCCAUAAUCACUCCUCACACUUUGUCUCGGAAAGAGUUUGGAAGACCAUAUGGAAGGUGGAGACUCUCCCAAAAAUAAAACUGUUUCUUUGGAGAGCUCUAUCUGGAUCCAUCUCAACCAGACUUGCUCUUUUUAAAAGAAAAAUUGCAACGGAUCCUAUCUGCCCAAUAUGCGAAGGUUUUGAAGAAUCGGUGGAGCACAUUCUUUUUCUUUGCCCGUGGACUCAACUUGUGUGGUUUGGCUCAGACCUCUCCUACAAAGUUGACACCCGGAGGAUCUCGACUUUUGAUAGAUGGAUUGAAGGCAUUAUUUCGAUACCUAGCACCUCAAGAACUGAUGGCAAUUUUUUAUUAUCUUUUCUCAGUUUCCUGUGUUGGGAAAUCUGGAAGGCAAGAUGCAAAUUCGUUUUUAAUGGGGUUAGCCCUGAUCCGAGGCUUGUGAUCACCCAUGCUAGAGAUGCUUGCUCUGAAUAUUUGGCGGUUAUCUCCAAGGUUGAUGCUAGAGGGAACCUUUCUCCUGUCCAUCAAGUCCAAGGAACCCGGUGGUCUAAUCCAAGCCCAAGCUAUGUAAAAUUCAACUUGGACGGCUCUUGGCUUCCUGGCACAAUGAAGGGCAGCAUUGGCAUUGUGUCUCGUAAUUCCUCUGGGGAUUGGUGUGGUGGUCUUGCCUCCCCACUUUCAUGUGUUUCAUCUCUUAGUGCAGAAGCGGCAGCAGCUCUUUGUGCUUUACAUCUUGCUAAAAACAGGGGUAAUAUGAAAGUCAUCUUGGAGACAGAUUGCAAGGUGUUAUUAGAUGGCAUCUCUGGAAAUCAUGAUAACAACUCCUGGGCUAUCCUCCCUCUUAUUGACGAAAUCCAUGAUGUGGUUUCGAGCUUCGAAGAGGUGAUUUGGUCAUGGGUACCUAGGAGUGCAAAUCGUGCGGCUCAUGCAGCGGCGUCGAUAGGUAUCAGAGCUAUGGAACUGCAAAGUUGGGUCGACAGACCACCAUUGUCUCUCGUUGGGGUGUUAACAUCUGAUGGUUUGCCUUGUCCACCUCUUGUUGCAUCUGCAAUUUAG